AUGGAUGAUAGAUACACAUCUAAGCUGUCACCCACAGUCGAUUUCUGGGCAGGAAUCUACUUGCUGAUAAUCGCUUUCUUCUCCAUCUUGGGGAACGCCGCCGUCCUGCUCAGUGCAACUCGUCGCUUCGACUCCCUCAGCGCUCCGGAGCUCCUCACGGUCAACCUCGCUAUAACGGACAUCGGCAUGGCCCUCAGCAUGUACCCUCUGUCCAUCGCCUCUGCGUUCAACCAUGCCUGGAUUGGCGGGGACACCUCCUGUCUCUACUAUGGCCUGAUGGGAAUGAUCUUCAGCAUAACAAGCAUCACCACUCUGGCGGUGAUGGGGUUGGCCAGGUACCUGGUAACAGGAAGUCCGCCAAUGAAAGGCAUGAAGCUCCAGAGGCGGACCAUCGGUCUGGUGAUCGGCGUGAUCUGGCUCUAUGCCGGCCUGUGGUCCUUGUUCCCUCUGGUCGGCUGGGGCAGCUACGGGCCGGAGCCGUUUGGCCUCGCCUGCUCGGUGGACUGGACGGGUUACUGGGAGUCUCUGAACCACUCCACCUUUAUCAUGAGUCUGUCCAUACUGUGCACCUUCCUCCCCUGUCUGACCAUCCUCUUCACCUACUUUGGUAUUGCCUGGAAGCUGCACAGAGCCUACCAGUCUGUCCAGAGCAACGACUUUCAAUACGGCAAUAUUGAGAAGAAAAUCACUCUGAUGGCGGUGAUGAUCAGCUCGGGGUUCCUGAUCGCCUGGACGCCGUACGUGGCGGUCAGCUUCUGGAGCAUGUUCCACUCCCAGGAGCAGGGCCGCAUGGCUCCAUUCGUCACCCUGCUGCCCUGCCUCUUCGCCAAGAGCUCCACCGUCUACAACCCCUUCAUAUAUUUCCUCUUCCAGCGCUGCUCUGGCCACAAGCCCCUCCGUCUGCGGAGACGGAUCUUCUGCUGCUCUCACGGCGCCGGUUUACCUCCCGCGAGAGCGAAGCUGGACAGAAACAUGGCGAAAGGCUCCGGCGGCAAGGUGUUCCGAGGCGCAGCAGAGGACGUUUGCGUGGGUCUGGUGGGAGAUCCCGCCCUGCGCUCCGACGGAGAGAUGACGGCUUUGGGCUGA